UUAAAAACCCACGUAUUAGAAUCAUAAGCAAAGUUUUCUCCUUUGUGUUGUUCACUGUUCAACCAUGUCACUCCACUGCUGCUCUCUCCACAAUACCUUGAAUUCACGAACACCCAUUUCUUUUCUUCAUCCAAAAAAGAAGAAUCUUAAUCUGGGUCAACUUCAUUUCCCUCUAAAUUCUUCUUCUUUUCCUACAUUCACAUGUCAACUUCAUCUUGGAUUUGAAGAUAUUCUAACAAUUACCCAAAACAAGGUUUUGAUUGCAGCUGGAGUAUCAGCAGCUGUUGGGCAAUUAGCAAAGCCUUUUACUUCAAAUUUGUUGUAUGGUAAAAAUUUUGAUCUAAGAACUGCCAUUCAAGCUGGUGGCUUUCCUUCUACACAUUCCUCUGCAGUUGUGGCUGCUGCAACAUCUCUGGCCUUGGAGAGGGGCUUCUCUGAUUCGAUAUUUGGAAUAAGUGUUGUUUAUGCAGGUCUUAUUAUGUAUGAUGCACAGGGAGUGAGGAGAGAAGUUGGUAUUCAUGCAAGAACGCUAAACAGGCGGCUGCUGGAGGACCAGAUGAAGUCUGUGAUGAAAGACGGUGAAGAUAUCAUCGAUUCUACGAGAAACACUAAAAGCUCAAGUUUCAUUGAAGAAGCGAAUGAUUUUAGUAAAGAACAGACAGGUGGUACUCAAUUAGUUGGAUCCAGAAUUAGAGGUGAGAGAGAGAGAGAAUUAGGCAGAAGUAAUUCUAAUUCUUCGUACACGACUCUGAAAGAAUCAAUUGGCCACACAGAAGUUGAAGUUAUAGGAGGAGCAUUGUUAGGUUUCCUUGUAACCCUCACAGUCUAUGCUCUUAUGUGAUUUUGGCUUACCAACAUCUUAUAAUAUACAAAGUUCUCUUCAUGAUUUGAUUUA